UAAAGAAUGCGAGAGAGAGCUAGAUAGAAAGAUAGAGAGAGCGAGAGAGAGAGCCUCCCUAACGGCUAAGUGACACGAUUCAUCCUUAAAUCAGUCUAGAAACAUGAAGCACGUAGUGGGCUGCCUGCUCCUCUCCUCUCUCUGUUCUCUAUCAUCUUGGGCAGGUAUCCAUAACUUGGUGGUGACCCAGUCUCCUCGUGAAGUGACAGUCAAGGAGGGAAACACUGUUCACAUCCACUGCUGCUGGAAAAUGGACCCUAUGAGCAAUCUCAGAGCAAAAGUAGUCUGGAAAAGGAACAAACCAACUAUUGAUUCUACAUCUUCCUUUCAGCGUGAAUCAGCCAUCACUGGGCCAUGUCAUGAACAAGCUCAGCCCCAUGUAGCUUGUAAUUGCUCAAAUCUGAUCCUCUCAAACGUCACUGUAAAUGACUCUGGUUUAUACAUCUGUAAAGUAAACAUAGAUAUACCAGUGCUUCUUCAAUCAGAAGGGAAUGGAACCAGCAUAACAGUUACAACCAUCAAACAAGUUAACAUGACAAAUGGAAAAGAAGAAGAAAUCAACCAAUCAAAUCUCCUGUUUAUCAUCAUUCCUCUGGCUGUCCUCUUCUUGGCUGCUCUAGUCUGCUUUUUGAUUCGAAAACACGUCAUGGAUUCGAAGAAUACAGCCAGGGUGAUAUACGAGGCCCCGCACCCUGGAUCAGAGGAGUCUGAUGGCCAGAGCACUAAUUCCUCCAGGGGAUCUACCCAGUGGUGUCAAGUCCAGCUGUACGAAUCUAUCGAUUACUUUGCUGUCGAAGACAACAAAGGAAAAGGAUGAAAGGAUGUCUCAGCUCAUUUCAUUUUUUAUAUCUCCACUGUACUGUCUGCAUACUGUAUUUCUAUUCUUGCUGUAAUUAUUUGCUUAUUUUUUAUGGGCCUAAAAAUACAAACGUCUGAUGAAGAUAACUCUGUUUCUUACACUCAAUUUUUUGUGUGAGAGGAUUUGAACCUGUGCCUGAACCUGAAUUGAGCAAUAGUUAACUAUUACACAAUUGUGAUGCUCUAGAUAAGCUUCUCUGACUUUGUGCCUCGCAUGUGUGUACGUGUAUUUAAGUGUGUGUGUGUGUAUGCGGGGUGGGGGGACCAUUACACACAUAAAUUUAGAGCAAUUUAUGUACUGGGUACAUGCAAAGGGUCUAUGUCUGCUGGUCCGCCUAUAUCUGUGUCUGUGCAUCUGUGUGUGGCAUACAGACUACCACCAAACGACAGUUAAACGAGCCUCUUGCUCUUUAGCCAUGACCCUACUGUCAACAAUAGAGGAUCACUAGGGCAGUCCUGUGCCACAAGACUAAAUACACAGGUUUCAGAAUAGCAUUUCAGUCUGGUCCAGCCACAGCAGUUCCCCAGUAUUUUUCCCUGUGUGUGUUUUCCUUUCCCUCUGCGUCCCCUGCUGGUCCCUCUGUGUUCGUGUGGCAUACAUGCCGGUCAUGGCGCAGCAAUACAUCUAACCCGGUGUUCCAGCCCUUCAUCGUCUACUUUGAUUCCGUUAAUUGCAAACACGUGAAAACAGGUAUACCUAUUUCUGUUAGGGCUGUGCUACACGACACGACGAUAGGUCUUUGAGAAAUGUAAUAGUUGGUCAAAAACUUAAUAAACAUAAACAUAUUUUAUAAGGGAUGGCUGCAUAUGCUUAUAGAUGCCAGUCAGAUUAUGGACAAAUAACAAUUCUCCGACUCAUCCAGAUGUACAAUGCUGCCCCGCAUAUCCAAACUGACUUUAAAAUGUGACGUUUACACGAGCGUAGUCUGCACCCACGUCCAAAUUGAUAAAUGUCGAGUUGUGUGUGGAAAUUACCGUACGGGCUUAUCAUCGUUUCAUAAAUGAGAACCAUUGGGUCCAGGAGCAGACCUGCGUGCGUGCGUGCGUGCGUGCGUUUUCAAAUGUGUGUGAGGCAGCUUUUUUAAUAACUGAGGAUGCAGCCAUUAUAUAACUCAUAAGAAAGAUUUGCUGCUUUCGAAGUAACCUACACUACGAUUAUACACCGCAACAGUGUCUCUACACAAGUGGAAAGUGUGGUGUGUGCUCAAUGAUAGGUCAAUGACAGGAAAUGGAAACAUCUGAAAUCUUUGACGACUGUAUCUGUAGCAGAACAGAGUAACGGCAAUAAGGGGACAAUAAAGAGAGACGGUUAGAGCUGUCUUAAGUCUUUAGAAUAGUUCUCUUGUCUUUGUCUAUAAGUCUAUUUCUACACUUGAUGCCUCGUCCAUUAAUGGUAUAUAGAGGAUCAAGUUAUCCCUUAACCCACUGCGUGAGAGCGUGAUACAUGUUUGAAAUGUGUGAGUCUAACGGCGAAUGCGUGAUCGGGGUGGGCGGAUCGAUCUACAGUAUCGAUAGUAUCGAUACCAACGUUGGUAUCCGCAUCCUUAAUUUUUAAUUUUCAAUCUACAUUCAGUACACAACUCCCUUUUCGUCAAAUAGUGGUUGUGCAAACCCCGCUCCUCUCACUUCGCUCAAGCUCACUUUGCCCCUCCUCCACCUCCCCUGCUAUGCUGUGAGUUGUUGCCGGCGUGCAAGUGCAGUAACAUGACCCAGCAGCACGCUAACUGUAUUUUUGACAAAACUCUGUCCUGCGUUUUAUUAUGACCAUAACCGGAUACUGGCAGGCAUAGAGACUUUGUGGUAACUGAAAGUGUGAUGUUCUGAAAAGGCUGGUAGAAUAGUUACGAGUCUGGUGAGAGUGUGACAAUGAAAUAGCAAAGACAAGGUGAAGGUCAAGAUGCAAGUGAAGAUGUCAAGGUCAAAAAAUGACUUUCAUUUAAAUCAAUGUAUCAAUGUAUAACAGUCUGUUAUACAUCAAACAGUAGAGCACCCAUUGGUUAUACCGAAUACUACUUUUUUUAAAGUUCACAAACACAUCCCAUGCUUCAACUUAGACACACAGUCUGUUAUGGCCAAACCAAAUAAAAAACUUGAGUCACAUUGACUCAACACAAAUGGCUCAAUUAGUCACAUUGGUUUUGAGGGAAUUCAGUAAUCAGUUGCACCCACAUCACUCUAAAAACACAAUGGGGCUUCAGUAUAUAGACACACAUUUCUGAUACAUUCACAAUAUGCAUUUACAACAAUUACAUUUCACUUCCACUGCUGUCAUGCUACUAUUAUCAAUGCUACUGCCCUAGCUUGGGGAAUACUUUUCUUAUGAGGCGUUGGCAGUGCACCUUAGUGUAGGGCCUGUCAGUUGUAAAUGCUUGUGUAGUGACUAUUGGGGUCUCACGAGAUCCAUACAGCUCCAUCGCUCCAUGACUCGUAGGGAGUCAGGUGGCUGAGCGGUUA